GUAAAGUGUGCAGCGGACAGCCCCCUUUCAGAACAAGCCUCAUCGAAAAGUUGAGAGAUGAAGUCAGUCUUCACCGUAACGCAGUAACGCGGUUCCUUUUUGCUGGUGUUUAGGCGUUAAGAGCGCGUGGAGUUGCCGAAGCGAGUAUUUUAGGAUGCGUGUUUGUGAAAUGAAACGACUGAGAAAUGCCAGUGGAAAUGCAAACGUUACAUCCAGACCCAAUGCCACCGUAGGUUUGUCACCGAGCCAAAUCUAUACGUUUCUGGCGACCCAUUGAGAGACCUGACCCGUGUGGGAGCCCAGCGAUGUGGCUCUGCACGGCUUACAAUGAGACGGACACCAGCGUGGACUUCCGGCUCUGCCAGGACUUUGGCCUCAUCCUAUCCGUGUUCUCCCUCAUCUACCUCCUGGUGUGCUUCCCAUUGGGGCUGUGCUACAACGUGCUGCUGGUCGUGGUCAACCUCUCCAACAAGGUGUCCAUGACCAUGCCGGAUGUUUAUUUCGUCAACAUGGCCAUCGCGGGCCUUGUGCUCAACCUGGUGGCACCCGUGGAGCUGCUGAGCUCCACCUUCACCCGCUGGCAGGCGUGGGAGUACAACAACGAGGUCUACAUCACCCUGCUCAUCCUCUUCAACGUCUCCUCUCUGGUCAUCAUGUAUUCCACCACGCUGCUCAGUCUGGACUACUACAUCGAGCGGGCGCUGCCGCGUACCUACAUGUCCAGCGUGUACAACACCAAACACGUGUGUGGGUUCAUCUGGGGCGGCGCGGUGCUCACCAGCUUCUCUUCGCUGCUCUUCUACGUGUGCAACCACAUCUCCACCAAGAUGGUGGAGUGCUCCAAAAUGCAAAACAAGGAGGCAGCGGACGCCAUCAUGAUGUUCAUCGGCUACGUGGUUCCAGCUGUGGCCGUUCUUUAUGCCUUUGUGCUCAUUCUGCGCAUCAGGAAGGAGUCCACGCCUCUGGACCAGGACUCGGCUCGCUUGGACCCUUCUAUCCACCGACUGCUGCUCGCCUCGGUCUGUGUACAGUUUGUACUGUGGACCCCGUACUACAUGACCCUGUUGGUACACACUGUAGCCGGUGCACCGGGGUACAUUAGCAACGCACAUUACUUACCGACAUAUUAUUUCUUGAGGUGUGUGUCAAAGCUGCUGGCUUUCUCCAGCAGCUUUGCGAUGCCGCUCAUGUAUCGGCAGAUGAACAAAAACUUCUCCAACAAGCUUCAGCGGCUGCUCAGGAGGCUGCACUGCAGAGACCAGUCCUGCCCUCAUGAACGCUCAACAGUGCAGCAAGUGGUGACGUGAGACCCCCCGCUCCCCCCUCUUCAACCUCUUGGCGUAGCCAGCACUUAUCUCCCCACUACGGAACCAGUAUCUGAGUGAGCUCCCUCGCUGCUCUGGAACUGUGUUAAGAGCGACGUAGCUAACUGUGGAAUUUCCUGUCACCUUCCAGAACUUGAUCUGAUCUAUCCAGGCUCCGCAGUGAGAGGACAAACCAAGCAAAAACCACUAAGUGCUGUUAUUUUUGUGGUCACUGAGUGAAGCUCUCCACUGAGAUACUUGAGCGUCUAGUUUGUGGGCGGUAAAAUGGCACAAUCAGCUGAUAACUACCCAGCGUUUCACACACACAA